UGUCGGACUACAAAUGAUUUCGCCAUCUUGAUCAGUUCGUACCAGACUUGAGGUGGCAAGUAACUCAAUCCAUCGUCAUCUUCCAUAAUUUGAUUCCCUGUGGCACACGCAGCCAUGAGUGGGGGAAUACCAUACUUAGGAAGUAAAAUAAGCCUCAUUUCGAAGGCUGGCAUUCGAUAUGAAGGCAUUUUGUAUACAAUCGAUCCAAAUGAAUCGACUGUUGCAUUGGCCAAAGUGAGGUCAUUUGGUACAGAAGACCGACCGACUGACAGGCCUGUGGCUCCACGAGAUGAGAUUUUUGAGUACAUCAUAUUUAGAGGAAGUGACAUCAAGGACUUGCAUGUAUGUGAACCACCAAAAUCAGCACAACAGCAACAGCAGCAACACCAACCCCCGCAAGACCCUGCCAUCGUAAAGUCCUCUCAGCCUGUGGCUCCUCCCUCCUUUCAACAGCAACCAGCAGUAGCCCCAGGUUUUGCAGGACCAUCCUACCAGCCAUUUGGAGGCCCUCCACUUUACAGUCAAUAUGGUCAGGCACCCGGAAAUGCUCCUCAGCCCUUUUCCACACAACCACAUCAUGGACAUGGUUCUCGUGGGCCAUCACCCACUCUUAAUCGAGUAUCCCCUACCAUGGACCAAGGUAUACAGGUUGGCUCCCAGGCUGCUGCUAUAGGCGCUAUCAGGAGACCUGGUUCCCGAGGUCCAACUCCUCCACUGCCAAACAGGAAGUCUCCAACCCUUGACCAAAGUACCCAGCAUCCUAGUUCUAGUCCAGAUAAAUCUGAAAGACAACAGCAGCAAUCACAUCAGCAUCAGCAACAGCAAGGUUAUAAUCAGGGCUUACAGGAACGGCGAGAACAACGAAGAGGUGCUCCGAAUCAGAGACCUCCAUCAGCGUCUUACUCGCGUGGAAGGGGACAGAGUCGUGGUAAAAGCAUGUCUGGGGGAGCAGCAGCAGCAGAAAGAGGGGGCUUCACUGAUCGAGGUGGACGAGAACCAAGAGGCGUCGGCCCUAGGGGACCCAGAGGAGGCAGUAGACCACCACGGGGUGGUGGUAGACCUCAGUCUGGACGCCCAACAGAAUCUCCACUCAAAUUUGAAGGAGAAUUUGAUUUUGAAAGUUCAAAUGCUCAAUUUGACAAGGAAGAAAUUGAACGUGAACUAAAACAAAAACUUACAAUUUCUGAUAAAGUUCCUACCACAAAUGGUGAAAAAGAAGGAAGCAUAGAAAAUGGAGGUGACAACUCUAGUACUAACAACCCCCCAGAGGAGGAAGAAGAUGAUUUGUUUUAUGACAAAGCAAAAUCUUUCUUUGACAAUAUUAGCUGUGAAGCAACUGAAAGAGCAAAAGGGUCAACGAGGACUAGUUGGAGAGAGGAGCGAAAACUUAAUGUAGAAACAUUUGGUGUUUCUGAUUUUCCUAGGAGAAAUUUCAGGGGUGGUCGAGGGUAUGGUAACCGUGGAUAUCGUGGAGGUCGUGGAGGAUAUUUCAGGGGUCCACCCAGGGGAGGUCCAAGAGGGGGAGGACGAUGGAAUAAUGGCCCACAAAGGGGAGGAGGGAGAAAUAGGAGCCAGGGCUGGGUGGAUUAUAACUACGACUAUGAGGCAGCUGGUGUCAACCGGCCAAGAGAUGGAUCAGCAAAACAGAAAGUGCCAGCUCAGGCAUAGAUUCUUAAACUGGUCAAGUGUAAUGAACACCAAACACGCAAUCCUGCCAUGUAAGUGAGAGAAGUCUGACAAGACGAUGCCACACUAAAGUGCCGCCUACCUACGGACAUGGACCUCUUAAAAUUAUAGUGCUUGUUGAAGUAAUGGCAGCUUGGUUGGUCAACAGUACAGGAGAGAGAAAAGGAUACGAACAAAUAUUUCUUAAUUUACUAGUCUGAAACACUUGAAGUAAAGGUACUAUACAGGUGUAGAAGGCCUCCUUAGAUUCGUCCCAUUCUUAUUUUGUUUGUCCAUUUUGUCUUUAAUUUAUAAUUUUGCCACCUGAAUAAGGUUUUAGUAAGUGUGGCGAAGUUGCCAAAGUGAUGCGUGUAGUAAGGUGGACACAACAGUGAGUCGCAGGGAAGUGUGGAUUUGUGCUUUGUGAACCUCAUUGAAUUGGGUUCUGUGAAUAAUGCAAAGUGAAGAACGAUACUUUAUGAUGAAUUCCCACAGACACGUGGUUGAAAAGGUCUGUGGUCAGGGUCUUGUCUAGCAGUGUAUUUAAAAUGUGUUCAUCAUAUUCGAUUUGUACUUCAUUGUGAUAUCAUUAAACAAUUUCACCCCAGAAUUAUAGGUACAUACAAUUUCUACAGCUGCAAAGGUUGUGAAGUUGGCAAAAUGUCCUUGUAUUCUGUAGAAUGAGGUGAAGAUGCUGCCAUGCGUCUGUUGAAUAGACUUUUAUUGUGUACAUGUAAAAAGUCGACAUUGACUUGUCCACACUCAACAGAUCAAGUUGAACUUGAUAUUGACAAUACAGGUAGUUUGUUUGCACCCUUAUUUCCGUCUGUACACUAGGAUUAAAAAUAGGACUAUGCUAUAAUUAUUGGAAACAAUUUUACUGAGAUUAGCUUUAAUAUUCUGAUAUUUUCAUUUGAAAUAAAAUAAAAAUGAGAUUCAGAUUUAUCGUCAAAAUACUUAAUUGUGAAUGAAUUUGAGGUAAAAGUAGGAUAUGUCAUUAAGAUAUUGCAUUUGUUUGAGAAAUUUGGGAAAUAUCAUUUCGAGUUUAAAUUUUAAACUGAUGUUUUUAAUUGAAGUAGAUUUUUCAUUCGGAGUAAUCCAUCUAUCCUAGCACUACAUGGAUACACAUUUACCAAAAUGUAUUUUCUGUUGUGUUUAUAUUGUGUAGAAUCACUUAUCUAAAUUGAAACCAUACCAAAGUCACAGUGCUUGAAAAUUACAUCGGUCAACCACAGGCUUUUAAUUGUCCCUGUCAAAUCUAUAAUUUGUGAAAUAAUGCAACCUUGUUUAGUCCCCACGAUUGUAGCCAUUGAUGUCUUGUGGUUGUUAUAUAGAAUAUUUUGAUAGCAAUCUCAAUGACAAAUAAUGCAUAUCAUUAUCAAUGAUUCGAGCUGAACAAUUCUCAUUUGAUACUGAUGGCCUAUUAAAUUCAGCCGUUUACUUUGAAUAAUUCUUUUUCAAAACUUCUAAAUUCGAUAUAUAUACAGUUCAGCAUUCACUGCUGUGUGAGUUAAACCAUGACAAAUUAUAAUAAAUCUCUUAUUUACAAUUUGCCAGGAAAAAUAAUUUGAAUCGAGUUUUAUCACUUAUUUCAUAUGCUAUCAUCCUAUAAUUUGCCAUUUGUCAAAAUGGAGUAAGAUGUUCUUUACAGUCACACAAAGAUCUUUCAAAUUACUUAAAAAGUGCUAUUGUCUUGAGAUUGGUGCCACUUGAGGUCUGCAGCCAUGAUUGCUGCUUAUGGCUGUUAUUAUGCAAUAUUAGAUUCAAACCACAAAAGGGACAUCAAGAUCAAUGGUAAUAAAAUGAUGCAAAGCAAA